AUGUAUGUAUUUAUGCUUCGUCUUAGCCAAAAAGCAUCACAAUCAUUAAAAGAAAAUAUGAACCGAUCAAAUGUUCAUCUUUUCGAUUUACCUGAUGAAAUAUUACUUAUUAUUUUGAACAAAUUGAACAAUAUUGAUGUACUUUAUUCUUUAUUGGAUAUUAAUAACGGACGACUUAACGUUCUUGCACAAGAAAACACUUUCACCAACAUUCUGAAGUUUGUCUCCAUUGAUGAUACUUCUCUAAUCAAUCGUUUUUGCAUCGAUAUAUUACAAAGAAUUCAUCGUAAUGUCAAAUGUUUUAUCUUUGAUCCAAUUUUUAUGGAACCCAUUCUUCUUACCACCGACUAUCCCAAUCUAAUUGAACUUGAAAUUCAUAAUUUUCAUGAAGAAAUUGCUUUAAAUUACUUUACAAAUAAAUCAUCACUUCGAUCUAUUUUCCAAGAACAAAUUACAAAUCUUAUUCUUAUCAAUAAUGAUGAAUGCGCAAGGGCAUGUUCAUUAGAUUAUACUGCAGAGAUAUAUGCGCAUAUUUUGACCUUCUUCAAAAAUUUAAAAAUUCUACGUAUCAUAGAACCAAGUGUUGUGUCAUAUCCACCUCUAUCACUUUGUUAUUUCCCAUCAACUACUUUUUCAUCCUCGAUUCUUACUCAUUUAUAUAUCAAUGUGCAAACUUUUGAUGAUUGUCUUUGCUUGCUUGAUGGUCGACUUAAACAAUUGACAACAUUGUUUGUUACUGUCUGUUGCGCAUUCAAUUAUUCACGCACUAUUCACAAUAUGAAUAAACUACCUAAUCUUAAGUGUUUCUCAUUACAAAUCUUCUAUGAAUUUCAACCUUAUGAUAGAAUUGCAUCACUUUUGCGCCGUAUGUCAAAUUUGGAAAAAUUAACUUUAAACAUUUCUAUAAAAGAUCGAAAUAGUGUCAUUGAUGGUACUUAUAUUCAACAUGAUAUUCUUGAUUGUAUGCCACAACUCCAUUCAUUCACUUUCUAUAUUUGUACUUAUGUUGAAACGGUUGAUUUAUCCUACAAGCUAUCUAGUGAAGAUAUUCAACAAACAUUAAUGAAUAUUGGAUUACAAGAUGUUACUAGUAUUGUCAAUUAUGAUUGUGAUUCAAGAGUUGCAUGUUCGAUUUUCUCACUUCCUUUUCAAUUUCGUUAUCUCAAAGAUCUUGGCAAUAAAUUUCCAAAUAUUGUAUUCAGUUAUGUUACGUAUUUGCAUGUGAAAGAUAAUGAUCCAUUCAGACAUGAAUUCUUUGUUCGAAUUGCUAAAUCGUUUCCAUUACUGAAAUAUUUACGCAUUUAUAAUGUACGAUCAUCGUUACCAGUUGAUCUUAUGACAUUUACAUCUGACAAUUGUCAAUUAUACUCAACUAUUGAAUAUUCGCAUCUAACUACACUUGAUCUAAGUUGUGCACAUAGAGAAUAUGUUGAACAAUUUCUAAAUGAAACAAAGAUAUAUAUGCCUUGUCUGAUGGACUUAUUGGUCAAGUUAGAUGACUUGAUAGUUGUAACGAAGAACUUUACAAGAAACGAAACACGACGCAAUUGUACCAAAGUGAAUACAUUAUUUAUCCUACCACUAAGGCUAGAUGUAGAAGGUUUACGUGAUUACUUUCCUUCGUUAUAUAAGUAG